AUGGCGCCGACUCCGCAAGAACUUGCCGUGGAGCCGCAGCAGGAGAGACAGGGCGUGUCGGGGAAGUCACCUGUCCCUGACGGCGAGAGGGUCGUCAUCUCCGGCAUGUCAGGGCUCUUCCCCUCCUCGCAGCACGUUAAGGACUUGGAAGAUAUCCUGUAUAAUAAGGUGAAUCCGCUGACGUCGGACCGCCUCCGCUGGUCGGUGACGCAUCCCGAGGCGGCGCAGCACGUGGGCACCGUGCCGGACCUGGACCGGUUCGAUGCCCAGUUCUUCAGGGUGCACUACCGCCUCAGCAACAAUAUGGACCCCAUGUCCCGCAAGGUCCUCGAACAGGCGUAUAAUGCCAUUUACGAUGCAGGAGUGAACCCCGAGAGCUUGUCUGGUAAAAAGGUUGGAGUAUUCGUCGGAUCCUGCUUCUCGGAAACUGAAAAAGCUUCUUUCUACGACGCGGCUUCUAGAUCAGGCUUGGGUAUAACUGGGUGUUGUAAGGCUAUGUUCGCGAACCGCAUCUCGUACUGGCUGAACGCGAAGGGUCCGUCCAUGUCUAUCGACGAGGCGUGCUGCAGCUCCACCGCGGCACUUGAGCAAGCCUACCUCGCCAUGAGUCGAGGGGAGUGCGAGGCUGCUAUAGUCGGCGGGAGCUACUUGUGUCUGCAUCCUCAGUCUACGGUGCAUUAUGGAAGAAUCAUAAACCAGGCGGUGGACGGAAAAACGAAGUCGUUUGAUACGAAUGCCGACGGCUGCGUUAAGUCAGAAGCUAUUAACGUUCUGUUUCUGCAGAAGGCUAAAGAUGCUUUGAGGAUUUACGCAGACUUGAUGCACGCGAAAACGGAAUUUGUUGGUCUUUUAAAGACAGAAACAGGCCCUCAAUAUGGUUACAUCAGAAACCCCGAAUCGACUGUUAACUUCUUGAACAAAUUUUAUGAGGAAGCGCGGGUGCCACCGCAUGCUGUCGAAUACGUUGAAGCUUUUGGUUCAGCUUCAUCGGAGGCCGACAAAGCAGAAUUAGAAGCCAUCGACAGGGUGUUCUGCAAAGGAAAGGAAGAGCCACUUCUUGUAGGCAGCGUCAUUAGUAACAUUGGGUACGGUGAAGCCGCUUCAGGCAUAUCUGCUAUAACGAAGGUUUUGUUGGGUUACCGGCGUGGAGAGAUAGCAGCUAACCUGCAUUGUGAGAAUCCACGACAAGAUGUGGCGGGAAUACGAGACGGGCGUAUGCGCGUGGUUACGAAGCACGAGCCCAUCCAGCGCAGCUAUGUCGCCGUCAAUGGGAUGUCCGUGACUGGUGUUAACUCGCAUGUUCUGCUACAUGGACAUUACAAGCCCAAGGACACAACACGGUACAAGAGUAACAUCCCGCAUCUCGUGACACUAUCCGCGAGACAAGAUAGCACCGUUUCGAAGAUCUUUGGAUAUUUGAAGUCGCACCCAAUAGACCCCGAGGAAUUAGCUCUGCUACACAACAUUCACCAGUAUAACAUCACGGGCCACUUGGGCAGAGGAUUCAUAAUUCUUCAGACGGACGAAGAACAGAAGACUGUGACUCUAUGUGAGCAGGCUGAGUACUUCGACGACGCUCGCAGACCGCUGUGGUUCGUGUACAGCGGGAUGGGCUCGCAGUGGGCUGGAAUGGGCGCGCAACUCAUGCGUAUACCUAUCUUCACUGCUGCUAUAGAGCGAUGCCGCGUAGCUCUAGAACCGAAGGGCAUCGACAUCGUCAAUAUAAUCACAUCUCCUGAAAAGACGAUGUUCAACAAUAUUCUGCACUCGUUCGUGGGAAUAGCUGCCAUUCAGAUAGGUCUCACUGAUGUUCUACGGGAACUUGGAUUGGUACCAGAUGGAAUCAUAGGUCACAGUGUUGGUGAAUUGGGGUGCGCGUACGCUGAUGGCUGUUUAACGGCAGAAGAAAUGAUAUUGUCGGCUUACAGUCGCGGUCUGGUAUCAUUGCAAACUCCAUUCAUACGUGGAUCGAUGGCUGCUAUUGGAGUGGGAUAUGAACAGAUUUCAAAAAUGUGUCCUCCCGAGAUAGAGGUAGCUUGUCACAAUGGACCUGAGUCUAGCACUAUUUCGGGACCCGCUGAUAAGAUGCGCGAGUUUGUGGCUGAGUUGACUGAAAAGGGAAUUUUCGCUAAGGAAGUUCCAUGCUCCAACAUUGCCUAUCACUCACGUUAUAUUGCUGAUGCUGGUCCUGGUUUGCUGAAAUACCUGAAGGAAGUUAUUAAGACUCCCAGAGAACGUAGCAAGCGUUGGGUAUCGACUUCUGUACCAGAAGAUAGGUGGGAAGAAUCCCUAGCUAAGUACUCUUCAGCGGAAUAUCACACGAACAAUCUUUUGAACCCAGUGCUGUUCGAGGAGACGAUGAAGCAUAUACCGAGUAACGCGGUGUUGGUGGAGGUAGCUCCCCAUGGUCUACUGCAGGCCAUCCUGAAGCGAUCUCUCCCCAGCGACUGUAAGAACAUUGCGCUUACCAGGCGCGCCCAUCCCGACAAUACGUACCUACUGCUUGAAGCUGUUGGGAAGUUGUACAUGGAAGGUUACAACCCAAAAGUUCACAUACUCUACCCUAAGGUCGAGAUGCCGGUGUCUACAGAGACGCCAUUCUUGUCCAAUCUUAUCGAGUGGGCACAUGGAGAAAAAUGGCUUUUACCUGUAUACCGUUCAGCAGCUAGAAGAUUCGGCGCAGCUUGUACUUACGUUAUGUCUUUGCACGAUAAAGAACAUGAAUAUCUUAAAGGACACAUCAUCAGAGAAAAUACGGUGUUCCCGUUUAUGGCCUCAUUGGUGGCUGUAUGGGAUACCCUGGCCAUGACCCUGAAUGUUCCUAAGAAGCAGUUGUCAGUAGAAUUCCGUGAUGUGCACCUGUAUGCACAGCCCGUCAUGCACUCCCAGAGCCAACUCAAGCUAAGAGUUGCCCUGCAAAAAGGAACUGGAUCGUUUGAGGUGUUUGACCAAGACGUCAAGGUGGCAACAGGCACAAUCUUUGACUCCGUAAAAAGCGGUAAGAAAGAUGAAGUGCAAUUCAAAGGCUCCGAAGAGAUGGAGCUCAACUGUGACGACAUUUAUGAUUUACUGCGUGAACGAGAUUAUAUGUACAGCGGUGAGUUCCGCAGCAUGGAGGGGUGUGACAGCGCGCUGAGCGCGGCGGCGCUGGCGUGGCGCGACAACUGGGUGACGUUCCUCGACGGCUUGCUGCAGCUCAACAUGCUGCGCCAGCCGCACCGCGCCGUCACGCUGCCCACGCACAUCAGGAGACUCGCUAUUGACGUCGAAAAGCAUCAAAACGCGGAAAAAAUCACGUCAGAAGACAAAGUCUUGUACAAAGCUGAGGUGUUAGAAGAACAUGACUUUACUAGAUGUGGUGGUGUUAUUCUGGAGAACAUCAAUUAUCGUAAUUUGUCAGCAAUAAGUACAAGAAAGAUGAAAAUGCAGUCUCUGAAGUUUGUGCCAAAUUUCCAAGUAGACCAGCAACUCUCAACUUCACUUCAAGUGUUUUUGCAAAUAAUUACUGAAAACAUCAACAAAGAUUCCAUAAAAGUUAUGGCUGUUACUAACAACCGAUCGAAAAGCGCUGUCUUUGAAAAAAUAAAGAAUGUUGGACCUAAUGUUAACGGUGUCACCAUUGAUUAUGAAGAAUGCGAUUUAGAAGACUUUAGUUCAGCAAAGAACAAUGGCUGUUCACUGAAGAAAGCAGAUGUUGUGAUUCUCCGCAAUCUAUCAAUUGACGAUACCAUGUGUCAAAUGCUACAUUUCGGACUGGAACGUGAUUCCUUCAUCGUGAACGAAGAGGACAAUAUGUACACUGGGCGCGUGCGGCCCGCAGCUUUGUACAAAACGUUAGCGUCUCAUGGCAAUGAGUGCACUCGACUGGACCUGGUGCGCUGGCGGCCGAAGCAACUGGACACGCCCACCACGGCCAUCACUGUCCGCGCCAACCUCGACUUCGCGCACCUCACGGCAACACGAGCUAGCCUCCCGCCCCGCAACCGUCUGCUCAUUAUUGCUCCCUUCCCAACCCCAGCCGGUCUGAAGUCUCUUGUCCAAACUUGGAGGAAAGAUGUACAACGCAAUCAUAUUCACUUGGUCACUGUUAACACUGAAGAAGGCAAUAAUUUCUUUUUGGAUGAUCUGCCUCACGUUAACCUCGCGUUUACUGUUUUCGAUCAUGGUAUCUGGGGAGGAGAGUACUUUGUGCCAGUGUCGGACGCCUCGACCGUGUGCAGCAAUGUAACUCUUCAGAGCGUACAAGUUGGAGAUGUCAAUGCACUGCAGUGGGUGGAGGCCACUGACGCCGGUGACUCUGGGAUACCAGUGACGGUGCAUUAUGCUGGUAUCUCUAACACAGAUGUUAAGAAGGCCAUUGGAAAAAUUCCAUUCAAUGAUGAGCAAGAAAACAACUAUGGCAUGGAUUUCAGUGGAAUCACUAAGAGCGGCACUCGCGUGAUGGGCUUGGUGCGAGGUGGAGCAGCCAGCAGCGUGGUGCGCGCGCAGUCGCAGCUGCUGUGGCCCGUGCCGGUACACUGGAGCCUCGAGGACGCCGCCACCGUGCCGCUCGCCUACGCGCACGCCUUCUACUGUCUCGCCAUCAAAGCUAAAAAGGCCCUGUCUCCUACAACAACUGUGUUUGUGCACGGCGGGGCUGGAGCCUUUGGUCAGGCUGUGCUCUCCAUAGUACUGGCUCACGGCUGCCAAGUAUUCACGACCGUCAGUGACAUACGCAAGAAACACUUUUUACUCAAACUAUUCCCAGGAUUAAAACCUGAGAACGUUGGAAAUUCUCGUGAUCAUAGUUUCCGUGAUAUGGUUCUAAAUGCAACAAAGGGGAAGGGAUGUGAAAUCGUUCUAAGCUCAGUUAAAGGAGAUUUGAAAAAAUCUACACUCUGCUGUGGUGGUUUCGAUGGAGUAUUUUUGGAUGUUUCACAAAUACACAAUCAAGAAGAAGAUUUUGAAUUCGGCAUGUUCCACCUUACUAAGGAAAGGGCCUAUAUGACUACCGAUUUCUCAAUAAUAUUUGACGGUGUAGACGCUCGUGAAAUCAAUGCCUUGCAGCGCAUGAUAAGUGAGGGCAUUCGCGCGGGGUACGUGCGUCCGCUGUCGCGCGUGACGUACGCGCCGCACGACGCCGCGCGCGCGUUCCGCCUGCUGGCCGCCAGCCGCCACCGCGGCAGGGUGCUGCUCAGGAUGCACGAGGACACACUGAUGGCUAAACCCAGAGUCUUCUGCAGUCCGCAUCUUUGUCAGCUUAUCGUAAUGAAUGACGAAAGUUUAGGACUUCAACUGGUGGAUAGACUUGUGACUCGAGGUGCAAAGAAACUCCUUAUACACACCAAAGACCACGGAAAAGCUAAAUUCCAAUUCAAGUUACGGGCAUGGAAAAAGGCCGGUGUCCAAAUAAAAAUUUCUUCAGAUAGUUUCAACAGCGAAAAAGAUGUAAUGGCAUUAAUUAAUGAAGCUGAGGGUAUGGGUUCAGUGCAAGGAAUAUAUGCAUUUGCUAAUGAUGACAACGUUAUGGUCCAAGAAUUAUUACUUGCUAAACUGGAUGCAGUAUCACGAAAAGUUUGUCAACAGCUAAGACGGUUUGUUGUUAUAAACCUCGGUGACAGUAUGGCGGGCAAACAAACGUGCCAAUCCCGUGCACAGAAUAAGUUCCCAGCUAAUUUUAUAGCUUUGCCUGAACUGAAGAAUGAGUCGGGCGCUGGUUACGCAGUGGAUGCCGUGGAGCGCGCUCUCUGCGGAACUGAUACAGUGCUGGUUGCGCAAAAAUCAAACACACAAACAUCUGACUUGCUGCAACAACUUGCUGCGUUGGCAGAAAUCAAUUUGAAAGAGAACACGCCACCGACGGCUACGUUAGAAGAGCUGGGUAUUCAAGACGAUAAGCUACUGCUAGUGGCCACGUUCUUGCGAGUACACUACAAUGUUGAGUUUAGUGAAAAUGACGUACCGAAACUUACAUUACAGACCAUACAAAACUUGGGAACAACAGAAUCAUCAUUUGAAGACGUGAAAGGGCUAGCGACUUUCUUCUCAUAUGUCGACACAGACGAACUCAAAGCGACUACUGAUUUUGUGAACAUGCCUACAAUUGCUAGCGGUGACGUAUUGCGAGAAGACGAAUUCGACGCAUCCCAAACGUACCUGUGCAUAGUGCCGGGCAUGGAGGGACAUCACGAGCGGUUCCGGCUGCUGUGCGAGCGCCUCAAGCUGCCCGCCAUUGUACUGCAGCCGGGGCUCGACCGGCCGAACGAAACUGUACACGAAACUGCUAAACGAUAUGUCGAGGUGUUGCUGAAUAAGACAGGGUUGAAAAACAAGUUUUAUUUAUUGGGCUAUGAAACAGGAAUAAUGGUGGCAUUAGAAAUUGCAGUUAUUUUAGAAGAUAAAGGAUUAACUGGAACUGUUUACUGUCUUGGCUGUGCGCCGGAUGAGUUACAAUCUGCAGUUGAAGAAAACCUCUCAGAUUAUAAGACCGAAGAACAUCUGCAGAACGCGGUGGUCAAACAUAUGUACAAGUUGAUGGUGGGUGAUAUGGAUGUCAGCCUAGAUGCAGCAAUAAGUGGCUCUGCUACAUGGGCGCAGAAGGUGGAGUUGUGCGUGCGCACUCUGCUGGGGCGCGUGCCGCACUCGGCGCAGUACGCGCGCGCGCUGCUGGAGACGGCGCUGUCGCGCAUCCAGCGCGCGCGCGCCCACGUGCCGCGCGUGCGGGCGCUGCGCUCGCGCCUGGUGCUGCUGCGCGCCGCCGCCGCGCGCCCACAGCCGCCCGCGCGCGCGCUGCAGCAGCACUCUCAGCUGCCCGUCGUCGUGCACCAGCUCAACUCACCGCUAGCACACGCAGCCAGAGACAUAAGUUGUGCCUCUAUCGUCAACGAGUAUCUAGACGAAGAACUUUUACAAAUAUUCAAAGAAAAGAAUAUCUGCGAAGCAUAUUUGCUUAAUCCGUACAGUUUUAUAACUGUUAACUGAAAAAACGAA